AGGAAAAGAGGUAGGAGAGCUCGCGAGAUCUCAGACCACCGGACCCGAAAGGUUCUCAGGAAGUUGAAGGGUCUAGAGGAGGCCCCAGAGCAAAUGGCCGGAGCUGGGCCAACCAUACUGCUACGAGAAGAGAAUGGCUGUUGUAGCCGGCGUCAAAGCAGCUCCAGUGCUGGGGACUCAGAUGGGGAGCGUGAGGACUCGCCGGCCACGCGCGCCCGGCAGCAGCUGGAGGCUCUGCUUAACAAGACAAUGCGCAUUCGAAUGACUGACGGGAGGACUCUGGUUGGCUGCUUCCUCUGCACCGACCGCGACUGCAAUGUCAUUCUAGGCUCGGCGCAGGAGUUCCUCAAGCCGUCGGAUUCCUUUUCUGCUGGGGAACCCCGUGUGCUGGGUCUGGCUAUGGUACCCGGACACCACAUCGUUACUAUUGAGGUGCAGAGGGAGAGCCUGGCGGGGCCUCCAUAUCAGUGACCAUCCAUCGCGCAUGCCUCUGAUUUCAUUAAACCUGUGACCGAA